CAACAAAAGCCACAACUUAACUCCCAAGGAUACCGCAGCUUCCGGCCUCGACUACCAGCUUGUACUAUUAUCUUGUCUACCCGACUAAAGAGCAUAAUCUCUUUUCCCGCACCAAAAAAGUCGACACGGGAGCCAUUGGCACCCCCUGAGCCUCAGCAAUAUGGGCUUACCACCCUGGACAGGUAGUUCCAGCCAGCGAUUCGUCCUUGUGACUGGCUCCAAUUCCGGCCUCGGAUUGGCAACCUGCGAGCGCCUCAUUGACGAAUUCCUCACUUCCCCGACCCGCGAUCCGCUCUCCCACCUCAUCAUCGUUGCAUCCACACGCUCACCCCGAAAGACCGCCGAGACUAUCAACUCUUUGCGCCAACAUCUCCAGACUCUUGCGAAGACUUCGACUGAGCUCGAGAAGCGCGCUUCUUCCCAGAGCAAAGAAUACCAAUGGCGCGAUGCCGUGGGCCGCGUCCACUUCCUCGGCGCAGAAGUUGAUUUGUGCGAUCUGAGGGGCAUUUAUAAGUUUGCGGCGCAGUUACGCGGAGAGGAGGGUGGAUUAUCGAGCCCAGACACCGAGGAUGGAAGGCCAGGGCUGAAGAACGUCAUAAUUCCACGACUCGACGUUUUAUACCUCAAUGCGGGGAUCGGCGGAUGGACCGGGAUUCCGUGGCUACUGGCCAUCUAUAAAUGCAUUGUCGGCAUCCCGGACUCGUUCUCGUACUGGAAAUGGUUCAACUUCCCUUCCCCCGCAGCCGUCGUGCGCCACCAGUCCGCAUUCAACAAAUCCACAAACGCCCAAACAGAGAAGUUAACCAACGGCGAUUUGACAGAAGAACCACCACUCGGAGAGGUCUUCUGCGCUAACGUCUUUGGCCACUACCUUCUCACCCACGAGCUGAUGCCCCUACUCUCCACGUCCCUCGACCGCGAGCCCGGCGACCGCGCACGCGUUGUCUGGGUGUCAACCCUCGAACCCGACCCAUCCGACAUCUCGAUGGACGACCUCCAAGGCUUUACCGCAUCGAACCCCUACUACGGCUCCAAGCGCGUCACCGACCUCAUGGCCAUCACCGCCAAACUACCCGCCAUACAGCCCAUCAACAGCGAUUUCUUCGCUAUGCGCGAUUCCAUUGCGCCGAAGCCCGAAAGCGAGGACGAGGCUGAGAUUAAGCUUGUCAGACCGGAAUUCUACGUCACGCAGCCUGGGAUCUUGCACACGAACAUUAGCGGCAUGAACCCUUUUGCUGCUUUCUUCAUGGCACUUGGGUUUUAUAUCGCCCGCGUCAUGGGAAGCGUGUGGCACCCUAUCGUCGGAUACCUGGGUGCUGUGGCACCGGUCUGGCUUGGGCUUGCGGACCAGUCGAUGUUGGAUUCGCUCGAUACGCGUGCUGGACCGGAGGGCAAGGUUAAGUGGGGUAGUAGCACGGAUUGGUGGGCGAACGAGAGGGUGAGGAUGACGGAGGUGGUGGGUUGGGGGUGGAGCGGGUAUGUUGGGGAGAAGGGGGAGAAGAAGGGACGGGCUCCUCAUGCGGUUGAUCUUACGCCGGAAGCGAGGGAGGAGUUUGUGGCUGAUGGAAGAGUGGUGUGGGGGUAUUUGGAGGGUUUGAGGAGGGAGUGGGAGGGAAGGUUGAAGAUUGGUGAUGCGGCGUAGAGAUAGAAGGAUAGAUAGGCCUCUGAGAUGUUUAUGAUGUUUUGUAAGAUACAUACCUAUUAAUUGAUAAUGGC